CGGGAGGGGCAGUCCCGCCGGGAAGAUGCUCAAAGUCACCAUGCCCUCGUCUCCCUCGUCGUCCUCCUCGUCGUCGUCCUCUUCUUCGUCGUCCUCCUCGUCGUCCUCUUCCUCCGCCGCCGCCGUCCCCCCGACUUCCACCUCCGCUCGGGCCGGCCCCGCCGCCGCGCCCCCCGAGUACUGGAUCGACGGCUCCAACAAGGACACCCUGGCCCACUACUUCGAGGUGGAGUCCGAGCUGGGACGGGGUGCGACAUCGAUUGUGUACAGAUGCAGACAGAAGGGGACGCAGAAGUCAUAUGCCCUCAAAAUGUUAAAGAAAACGGUCGACAAAAAGAUUGUCCGAACUGAAAUAGGAGUUCUUCUCCGCCUUUCACACCCAAAUAUUAUAAAGCUGAAAGAGAUAUUUGAAACCCCUACAGAAAUCAGCCUGAUUUUGGAGUUGGUCACAGGAGGUGAGCUGUUCGACAGGAUUGUGGAAAAGGGAUAUUACAGUGAGCGGGAUGCGGCUGAUGCAGUUAAACAAAUCCUGGAGGCAGUUGCUUACCUUCAUGAAAAUGGUAUUGUCCAUCGUGAUCUGAAACCAGAGAAUCUACUGUAUGCAACUCCAGCCCCAGAUGCGCCCCUCAAAAUAGCUGAUUUUGGACUAUCCAAAAUUGUGGAUGAUCAGGUGACCAUGAAGACAGUAUGUGGAACACCAGGGUACUGUGCACCUGAAAUUCUUCGAGGAUGUGCCUAUGGACCCGAAGUGGACAUGUGGUCUCUGGGGAUAAUCACCUACAUCUUACUUUGUGGCUUUGAACCGUUCUACGAUGAUAGAGGAGACCAGUACAUGUUUAAGAGGAUUCUGAACUGUGAUUAUGACUUUGUCUCCCCCUGGUGGGAUGAUGUAUCUCUAAAUGCCAAGGAUUUGGUUAGAAAAUUGAUCAUUUUGGACCCUAAGAAGCGUCUGACCACCUUUCAAGCUCUUCAGCAUCCCUGGGUAACAGGCAAAGCAGCGAAUUUUGCCCACAUGGACAAUGCCCAGAAGAAACUUCAAGAAUUCAAUGCUCGACGGAAGCUUAAGGCUGCAGUGAAGGCUGUGGUAGCAUCCACUCGCCUGGGCAGUGCCAGCAGUCACAGCAACACCCAUGACAGCAAUAAGCCCAGCCAGAAACCACCUCCGGCCCAGGGCUGUAAAUCUGAAGAGACAUCGGGGCAGAAAAUCGAGCGCACCCAAGAAGAAGAUACGCUGAAGGAUGCCCCAGCAGCAGCAGCGGCGGCACCACCAGAAGAAACAACAAAGGGAGAGGCCCAAGUCGCUUGAUUUCAGGUUUGGGGUUGAAAUCUGUCAUAUGUGGGUGGUGGGGGUGGCGGCUCUACUUACCUCGCCCUCCAGCAAGACAGAUUUGUAAGCAUGACCUGUGCUGUUUUGGUGUUUGGGGUUGGGGAGAGGGAGGGAGAAGGAAGGGGAAUCACAGCAGCUAGUGAUCCUCACUUCAAUGCAUGUGACCGCUUAUGAAACUAGUGCAAUGUCCUAUAUGGUAUGUCUUGGAUACAGUGUUGCCUAAUACCGACCAGUGAAACUUGAAAGUAAACACAAUAUAACUCUCAAAGUCCGUAGACUUGGGUCGAUAGCUAAUGUUUGAAGUGAAUGUUCGAUUUUCUUGUUUUUCAAAAAUAGCUGUCCUUCUACAGUUCAUUCCAGUUUUUUGAAUUGACUAGUGUAGGUAGUUGUAUCGUUGGGAAUGUAUUCCAGUUGCUUUUCAGGUAAAAUUAAAAGCCUGUUGUUUUUUUUAUCAUUAGAGUACACAAACUGUUUACCAGGUAGUAUUUGGAUGUAGGGUAUAUGCAAAAAUAUUCCACUGAUCCAAUCAAAAGUUGAAGCAUUUCCUCCCUCAGAGGUCCCUGAAACUAGAUGUUCCCCAAGCUUGUGUCGAGAAUGCCUUAUUGUACCUGGAACCGUUUCUAUACAGUAUUUUAAUGACGACCAAAAAUGCUUUCAUAAACUCCUUCCAUUUCAUUGCCUGGCAGCGGCAAGAUCCCUAACUUUCUCUUCCCCACAGGAAUUCCCUGUGCUGAAAAACCUCCAAAGGGAAGAGAGGCAGGGGGAGACAUGGGCCAGUGUAUAGUGCAAAAUCAGAACCACAAUCCUUGCCCUUUUUGGAGAUACUUGUACUAUCUGUGACUUCUUUAUAAAUUUGUGUAGCUAGAAAACGUUUUUAUGGGUAAAAUCUGUAAUUACUAAGUUUUAAAUACUUAGAAAAAUCUAUUCCACAGGUUGCUCUUGGAAGUAGGAAUUUUGUGAAAGUGAUUUUUCAGAUUCAAGUCAUUGUCAACUUUGCUACAGUAGGAAGAACUUUGGUAAUAAAUCUCUUCUUCCUAUAAUUAUUAGUCAAAUAUAACACUUGUAAAGCGAGAAGUCUUUAGCAAAGCCAAUAUACAUUUAUAUUACAGCAUGCUAACGUCCGAUUUUCAAACUUCAGGAAACAUCUUUUGACCCUGCCAUUAGCCUUACUCUUAGCCUCGUUCUACUAUUCAUCUCACACUGAGUGAAAUAUUUGACUCUGUUAUGUCAAAUGCUGAACUUUUCAUUUGGAUGGUUUUGUUCUAAACUGGACCAUCCUAGGUUCUCAAAACAGAUUUUUCUCUUUGGAAACCAAUUUUGGUGAUUCAUAAAAGUCAAACUAAUACCAAAUAGAUGGGCUUUAUUUUCUGUGGCAGUUAAAAGAAAUGAUUUUAUCAAAUACUUAUACAUUUGGUAGGUUUUCUAAAAAGAGCUAGCACCUUUGAUGUAAAACCAAAAAAAGAAGAAAAUACAUAGGCUAUAUCUUAAAACAUCCACAUGGAGAAAUCAAACCAGGUUUCUGGUGUUCACACUUUAGUGGUUUUUUUUUUUUUUACCAUUUUGUCAAAGUGGGGAAAGUUAGAAAUAGAAUUUAAUCUUCAGUCCUGAAGUUUAUGAAGUUCUUUUGAAAGCAUAUUUUCUAGGAGUUUCCUUUUCUGCUUAUUUUUCAUUAAAAAUGGUGCUUAAGCUGUAUAUGCAGGCAGGAAUAUUUUUAUUCAGUGACUUCAGUAGUUCUAUGAGAUGAUGCUUUUGAUCUUAGGUGGAUUUGGGUUGUCAGAACCAGCUCUAGCCCUGCUAGGAAGGGGCUCUGCAGAAGUAUGGCAACAUUUCUUACCUUGGUCAUGGAUUCUUUUCUUUUUUUCCUCCUCAGACCUCUUGUUCAGACUUGAUGACAAGAUAGUUGUUCUCAAGUUAUUUUGUAACCCUGAAUUACCCCCAUAGUCACCCUCCAAUGAGAAUAGGGAAGACCAUUUCUCUAUAGUUUGGAAGAUCAAAGUACUAACCUCAGUUAUGCCUAAUGAAUAAUAAUAAUCACCAUAAUACUUAUUAUCAAGCACUUACUAUGUGCCCAGCAUGGUAUUAAA